CGAGUAUAAGGAUUCCGAUCCUACGACGACAGGAUCGAGUUCCCAUUACGAAUUAAUCGUAUUCGUCGAUUCGUGGCAAACAUGGACCAACGCUAAAGGCACCGGACGACAACUUCCAGUAACUAAAAUCGACUCGACGUUGCGACGACUCUCGGUCCAUGUAAAAUGCAAAGCCGAGGAAUCGCGCGAGAAAGAUCACGUGCGGUACCGCGAUAAUCCGUAAAUUGUUUAGCGGCGACGAUUGGACAACGUCCAACGGGAUAAUUUACGGCGCCUUACUCGCACGAUCGUUACAACCGGAGAGAAAUGUUACACUGGCUGGGAUAGUCGUUUCUCGAAACAGUCGUGUGAAAUAAGAAGAAAAAGGAAAAAAAAAAAGAGAAAGAAACGCGCGAAAUACGAAGAAUAACCUUGCACUUAAUACGACGAAGAGUCGCGUGGUUAGGUCUGAGUUAGUCUGAUCGUUGGUAUCCGUCAUCGAUAGCGGAAGAAACAGGUAUUCGAUGUUUGUACGUAGACGAGUAGGUCAGGUUAGACUAGAAGCGCCUCUCGCAGGAGAACACGCAAAUGUUACCGUGUAAUUGUACGCGUAACAUAAUUAUCGGUAAUACGACGGUGCAUUUAGCUUUCAAUUAGGAAAAAGGAGAGGACGCGCACACGCGUGUAGGUUGAAGCUUGAUCUGCUACAGUGUUACAACGCCUAGUACCGCGGACAAGAUUACGAGGUAAAUUAUCAAGGGACACGGUAAAUGCGUUCGAAGCGUUCUAUGGCGUCGCGACGCCUACCUGAAACACGAGCGAAUUAUGUAUCACGAGCAUCGAAGCGGCACUUCGAGCUCGAUGCUUCGACGUUCGUUCGUUAUUAAGAAAUGAAAUAUAUUUCGCACGAACAUUCGAGCGCAGCGAUAACCGCCAUACAGAUUUCUUUCGUCGACUAUUCGCGUACCGUUCAAGCAAAUGUGUCCACCUCGGAUAGAACAAUUUUUACAAAACGUUAUACGGAAUCGUUUGUUCGGGAUCUUACUCCGUUGGCAUUUUGAAGAGGUUACCGGUUUCGAUACCAGUCUUACUGGAUCGGACUAACUAUAUAUCGCUAUUUACAUACACUAAUAUGCAAAAUGUAUCGAUAACCGGAUGGUAACGAUACGAGAAUAGCUUCGAUGCCAUCUUUUUUUACACCGACGCGUCUCGAGUGUUUUGAAACGCGACGUUCUCCGAGGAACAGGGAAAAUAUUCCUUUCGAUGAACGCGUCGACGUCGAAAAGGAAAUUUUUUAUAGCCUUUUCGUUUAUCGUUCGACGUUUAAAAAGGACGCGCGUCCUGUAAAUUGCGAGUCGUGCACGACGAAAGAAAUUACAAGGCGUUUAAAAAGAUACACGAACAUCGAAGAAGAAGAAAAAGAAGAUGAAUUGUUUGCGUUGCUAUCGACGGUAAAGCUGUCGAACGACACGAUGCAAUUCGUUUCAAGGUGGCUGAUUAUCGUGAAUAAAUAAGAAGAAAAUCGAAUGUAGUGAAUGAAAAACAGGUUUUCCUUCGUCGUAUAACUUUAUUUUGCAUAUUCUCGUUAGUAUUCAGGGAAUUAAAUCGAGACGUGGCUUGUUCAUACCGCUGAAAUUAAUGAAACAGCCUGUAGAUAGAGCCUCGAACGAACGACUCACGCGUGAACGAAAAAACUCGAUCGAUCCGAUCGACAUUCGUAAAUCGUUUAUUAAUCGCUGACGACAAGGAAUUAUCCUUCGUUACGAUCUAUCGUCCCGAAAUCUUUAUCGAUGACGAGUUGGUCGAUUCCCGCUGGACGAAUAUUGACCUCGUAUCUUAAUCCUUUGAACUCCGAUCAGUCUGGUCACCUCUAUACGACCAGAGAGAGAAUCCCUGAUUAUCGAAUAGAGCGAAAACAACGAACGUAAAAGCUAACUCAACGAAUGGAAGCGACUAGAGUAUGUGCAUGUCGAACGGGACUAAGUCGCCGGGUUUCCGGCGAACAAGCGAGAGGAGAAAAUAUUCUAUGCUCGUCGAGUAAACGGUACGCACUUUUCGAGCUCAAAUUGCUUGUACGUGUUUCGAUUUUAAAAAUCCUUCCUCGCUGCUCCUAUCGACGGAGCAACUGUUCGCGAUCCUUUAAUUGGAAGAGUCGAUAGCACGAUUAGAUAGAUAUUAUCGCGAAAAAGUUGUCCUAAUAACAAUAAUAAAAACGUCGUAAUUAAGGAAAGUGUCGAGUCGUGAAACGUUCGAACAACGGGCCUCGGCAGGGACCGACAUCGUUAAUUAACGACGAUGCUAACCGAAGGUGAGUCGUCGCGACGCGUACAGAUUCGUUGAUGCGUUUCACUCGCGAACCUGACAUUGAGAAACUUCUCAAUGAGAUGGUCGUUGCCUCCUUUUUCUAUCGCGUACUUGUACGCGUCCGGACUAUUCGCGAAAACUCGCCGCUAUCGUAACUUAUCGAAAUGGGUUGUUAAAGUUAAAGUCGAUGAAUUUUAAUCGAGUGUUGCGCGAAACGUUCGCGACAGGAUAGAAAACGCGCGUUAUAACCGAUAUUUCUUCGGAGCGUCGACGCUUAUGAGGUCAGGCGACGAAAUAAAAGUCGACGGAACACGUGUACGACACGCACGCACUUUGCCUCUUCUUUUGCCUGCCGAGAUAUUCAACGUCUGGAAGAUGUAAUAUACGAAUAGAAAAUAAGAAGACGAGGAGAUCAGCGCGGUUCAGCAACGUUCACUAAUAAUGAUAUUAGAUAUUCAGCAGACCCAACAGCGGUGUCCUUCGAUUUUUACAGAUGAUAUUCAAGGACAGCGUGGCCGAUCGAACGCCGAUGACACUUUCCACUUUGUAAUUUUAUCCUCUUUUGACCCCUUAUGCACAUCGACCGCUCGAUGAGUCGACAACGGUGCAGUGGAAUGAGAAAUUAUAGGAUGAGCCGCGCAGGCCAACGGCGUGCGACUUUCUCGGAGGAAAAACAACGACCUUCGACAUUAUUGGCCAACGUUACUUAACGUCCGCCGAGAAAAUGUCUGCAUACGCGUUUAUUCGAGCGGUGAAAGUCACCGAUUAUUUUCUUUCUUCGAACCGAGUGGUUCCUUUCAAAAGCGAACGAUCCUUGCAGAAUUUAUUUCGUUCGCGUUCUCCGAUACUUGAAUAGAGUCGGAGUACUCGAAUCGCGAUAGAAAUAAAGAGAAUGCAACGAUAUCGUUUAAACGUUAUUCUCGGAUACCGAAUUACCGUAACUGCGUACAUUCAUGGGCCACCGCGAAACUAUUAAGAAUAAUUUGUUCGUUUACCGCGUCGACUCUGUAUCUGGAGGCGAUUCGAACGUUUCUUUCUUUGUUUCGAUUCGUUUUUCAAUUAUUUAGAUCGUAGCCGUCGCGCGGUCGACGUAUUAAUACCUUCGCGAGUGGGUCGUGGCGCUUUGCAUUGCCGAAAAUGCCAAGAAACAUGCAUGUUGGCGAACGUAUCGCGUGGAGGUUCCGCAGGUGGAAGGAAGAGUCGUGGGUCGAGUAUGAAUGGCCAGAAACGCGGAAGACGUUGGAGAGGUCAGGAACCGAUCGACGACGAGCGUGAAACUCCCUCCUCGUCAUUCCUUCAACCCUUCUGUCCCUCUUUCUCCUUCGCUUCUAGUCCUUUCAGAACGACUUUGCUCCACCCACGCAACGGCGUCUACUGUCUCCCCGACGCCGCUGACCCACCCACUUGCCAGAGGAUACCCCUUGUGUCGUUCAAGGCUGCGCGAUUCAACCUUACGCUCCACUUUUCCACGGAAUCGUUCUUAACCCUUUACGGUUUCGCUUCGAACACCCUGCACACGCAUAGUCACGAGUAGUCACGAUCGAGUCAUCGGCGACCAGUCACGAACAGCUGCGAAAUAAAAAUAGUAAAACGACGCUUUCUCCGGGAACGAUGAAUUUUCAUCGUGACUCGAAGACGAUGCGAGAUAGAAGCAAAGAGAAUCUCGAAACAUCGAGACGACGGUCCAUGGAGACGAUGGAACACUGGAAAUCACGAUACAUAUAAUCAUUCACGGAGAUGGACGACUUCCCUUUGAAAGUCGACGGACAGUGACCAACAUAAGGCGCGUCGUUAAUCGAGCUUCGAAGAGGAAAAGACGGGCCAAAAAACUUUGUGCCGACCGAGAUCGAACUCGGCCGCGCGUGAAUUAUACAUUAGACAAAUCCAAUUACAUAUUUCUUUGAUAAUCCCGAGAGAUCGAAAGAGAUAUCGUAGAAAGUUGUACGUAUAUACUCAUCGAUCGUGUAUUUAUUAUUAUCGCAAAAAUAUUCGUUCCUAAGUGGCAGCAGUCUAAACGUAUAAAUUUAUUCUUCUUCAUUGAACCGAUUCGAAAGAAAGGAAAACGUCGAUAACUGCUCGACGAAUUCGAGCCUGAAAAUAUUUCCACGCAGUUACGUAGCCUCGCGACGGCCGAAACCUUCGUCUCCGGCCACCUGUAGAAUAUAAAUAACGAGCAAUCAAUUUCGAGAUCGUGCCGGAUCGAGAUGUCAUGCCGGAUCGCUAGAGAUCAUGUAAAACGCGAUAAUCUGGUUGGCCAAGAAACUUGCGGACCGUCGUCGAAUCAUACGUUCUGAAAAGAUCGAAAGAUUUUUCUUUGCGCUUCUCCGAUCGUUCGAAAUAAAAUGUCUAUAGAUGCCAAUGGAGACACGAGAGGGUUAAUAAUUCAUAUUAUUCUAUGUAUGUCUAUUCCAAUCGUAAGCUUUCGGCAAUUAUCAGUCGGCGUAUAACGAUUUUUUAUCUCGAUAAAGGUUAACGAGCAUCUCGGCAAAACUGUAAUCGUUUCUGCAACGCGAGACAAAAGAUCAGGUUAGAGUUAAAAAUGUAAAACAGAGGCGCUAGCGAACGAAGAGCCUUAAAAUCCGAAGGAAAUCGGAUGGAGGUGCCGAGCAAGACACUCUAUUCGUCGGCUCGAAGAAAAACAACGAAAUCGGUCCGAAGGAAAAUGUUUCUUCGCGGAGCUAGUCGAAACUGGGCGCAGUUGCAGUAGCCAUCGACGCGCUGCUAACGAAAUAGGCAAACGAGUACCUGCAGAACGCGAUCAAUACUCCGUGCACGAGUGCACACUGGUCGGAGAGCACGUGUUCCCGUUUGUUUUCCUCCUUUCCCCUGCAAAGCUUGCGCCGCGAGUUUGCGUUCACCGGUCUUCGUUUCCUCGUUCUUUCAGCCGUUCCUCGACGAGGAAUUCGCUGAAUGAACCAGAACGCGGAUUACCUUCGGAAGGAAACGACAAGUUUCGUAUCGUCCUCUGAAUACGAACGAUUCAUUGACCGUUUAAUUUCGGAAACAACAAAUUUCUUUUUCUUUUUUUUCAGGCAACUUACAGAUUUUAAAAACGCAACGGCGAUUAGACAGGUUACGAUAAAGUACAAGCGGAUCCGAUGGUCCUUCGGAUGAGAAGGCCGAGGCAAUAUUUCCAACUGUUUAAUCGACAGGCAUAAAUUAACGCGGUACAUUAGGCGUUUAGCAUGAAACUGUUCGUUCGGUUAGUCGACCGGAUAAUAGACACGAAGCAUCGUCCGCACGAGCAACCUAAUCGCAAUUAUACACCGAGGGUUAACUAACCGAAAUGUCAUGUACGUGCAUCGAAUCGCGGAACUUUCGAUCGAUCUUUCCCCUUUUCGCUCGGUCACUUACCGAACGAAUCGGUCAGUUCCGAAUCGUGAUAAGUAUCGUUUCGCUGGAACGUUUUCUAUUCGAAACAUUCCUUUCUAAGCUCCUUUCUAAACGAGCACUAGAAAAUUCGGAAUAGUCGCAGCGAUCGUUACCGACGAAUCAACCCGACGACAAUCCCGACAGAGCGAUUUUGUCGCGGGGAGAUAUCUGGAGCAACGAUAUCAAUGUUCGACGGCACCCGUUGCCAGUCCAAGAGGUUAAAGCCGAGUUUGCACGACAACGUAAACUCGGGCGUCGCGCGGGCUGCAGGUGGGCCAUUGCACGUGCGCGGCCAGCAGCAGAAAUCCGGCGAAAUUCGAUCGAUUCCGGCGAAAGGAGGAAGGAAGGUUCGACGAACACGACUCACAGAUUCGAAGGGAGGGGUGGAUGAAAGAAGGAACGUUAAUCGAGGCAGAGGUACGGGGUUGAAGACGUUUGCACCGACCUAGAAUCGAACCGAACCGUACUAAGAAACCGAGCGCUCUCUUGACCCCGAUAUCCCUCGAGGUGCGUUUCUUUGCCCGAUCGAAACACCCGACCUUGGCUUCGAGACCGAUGCGCCCGGGCUCGCGUUAUCUACCCACCCUCGAUUCUCGACCAUCUUUAACCUCAUUCCAAUUUUUUCGUCCAAACGCUAAUUCUCGUCACUCGCGCGUUCGGCAACGUUUCUUUUGCCUUUCUUUAUCUCCUGACCCGCUAUUAACCCUUCCAUACUGGAUUCGACGCGAGUUACAUCUCUCUGCAAAUCGCCGGAAAGAUUCGCGCGUCGAUAGGCCACCGACGUCGAGGUCACAAAGGUUAAUUAACUCGCAAUUCGUAGAGCCAAUCGAUCCGUAGGACGUUGCGUGAAAUCGUAUCGCCUCCGACAGCAACUGGAGCAUGCACGAGAGACUCUUUGGCCGGUGCAUAUCGAUUUCGUCCGGACGUUACGCCGGUCACUUCCGUGCGACUCGAAAUUUAAUUGAUAAAACGAGAAGAACGCCGAUCUAAUGGCAAAUUACGAACGUUGUUAACGAGAUAUCUGAUCGGUCAAAGCGCGAAUCUCGACGAUAUUUUUUGUCGAACGCGUACGGAAGAUGUCGAUUAAUUAAUCGUCGAAUCGACAAAGGACGUUACCGACGCGAUACAAGAUCGCUGUUCUUCGAUACCGGAACCGAUAACGAUCAUUAAAUUUGUCCACGACUCGGAAACAUUUUCAAUGUUUUGACCGGAAACGAGAAACGCGAUUACGCAAGGAGCGUUUCAUCGCGAAACAAGAAUUAUCGCGUACGAAUAUCGUCUUAACCACGACCCGUCGUAAUUUCACGCGAUCAUUUUCAACUUCUAACCAACGGUUUUGCAUUUUAAUCAGAAAAAUAGUGACCAACCCAGGUAUAAGAACGAGUAAUUAGGAAAUUAUAACGUAACGGGGACUGGUAAUUUCAAAAGUUAGAAGUUCCGACGAUUGCACGAACACGGCUGAACGUGUUAUCUCGCGUUGCCGUAUUUGUUAUACAUUGCCAAACGACAACGCUAGAACUUCUUUCUUGCCGGAUUUCCAAAUUUAGUUCGACAGCUGGCUUCCUCGGGUCAUUCUCCGAUUAAAAAUAUAACGAUUUUAUCGAGUCGAUUCGUAAGCGCGCUCCGGUAUAAAAACAAGGCGAGAUAACGAUUUAGUAAAAUUUGUUGACGAGCGUCGGUAAUCGCGCCAGUUAGUAAUAGCUGGAAGAAACCUUCCAAAUUACUUCCAGGCUCCUCCGAAAUUCUAAAGUUCCUCCGAGAGAAAACGGAACGCAGGAUGCGCUCAGGGUCACGGUCGCCAACUUGUACACGUAAUCCAAAAGCCACUUCCGUUACACAGGUGAAAAUUAACCGAGACAACAAGCACCGAGGACUUCAAUCAACGAGCAAAGAAUGCACGCCGCUAACCCUCCCUUACGCACGCCCACAUCCCGUGCAUCCCCACGAUCGAAGCGGAGCGACGCGUUAUAAAAACGCGACAUCGCGGCUAAGUCGGCGCAUUGUAUCGUGUACGACGAACUCUCAUCGAUAGAAGUAUUUUUUUUUUAAUCGCGAAGAAAAAUCAGGGAAGAACGAUGGGUACCAAAGGGGGCUUGCUGUUACUCGCGAUCGUGUACUUGCAGACGGUUCUCGUGCGUGCUGCGCCGGAUUGGAUACCACCAGAAAUAUACGACAUGAUUGCCGACGACAAGAGUCGAUGCAUGAGCGAACACGGUACCAAACAAGAGGAAAUAGACGAGGUAUCUGCAGGGGUCAUCAAAAACGAACCGUCGAUCACCUGCUACAUGUACUGCAUGCUCGAAGCGUUUAGUUUGGUAAGUUUUCGGGACGAUCGUCUCAGUUCGAGCUUGUCGCAGCGAAAAUUAUUUUGCUUUCAGGUGGACGAUGAGGCACAAUUAGAAACGGAAAUGAUGGUGGGUUUGUUGCCGGAAAGUCUUCAAGACAAGGCAAACAACGUGUUGAGCAAAUGCACACCAACAUCUGGCACCGAUAACUGCAAUAAGAUAUUCAACUUAGCUACCUGCGUACAACAGUCAGCUCCGGAUGUAAGUUGUGUUCGAUGUUGCAAAACACGAUUAACAAGGACAGGUCACGAAACGACUCUAAUGAUUUUCCGUGUCCUUAGGUAUGGUUCAUGGUUUAACAUCCUAAGAAAGAAGAUUGUUUGACGGAGAGACGGAACGGCGAUCAUCGACGGACAAAAAGAAAACGAUCUUAUGAAAUUCACAAGAAAUCCCUACCCUACGUUGGAAAGGACAAGAAAAAUCGCGCGGUCGAAGCAAGAAAAUUUAAAAGAAGAAACGUAAUAAGAAGGUGUAAACGUUUCGUUAGUUUCGCGACAAACGGCUCUAAAAUCACCGCGUAAAACUAGCAUAUAAUUGUAAUUGUUCGAGAAACGUAUAUGUAUAUCGAUAGUAAACGAAGGUAAUCAUGUGAAAGGUAUAAAAAUAAAAUCGAUUGGACGAGAGAAAAGAAAAGAUCGAGGAAAGAAUUUGAUCGAAAACGAUAAAUCUGUUUAAAAAGGAAGGAAAGAGAAAAACAAUAACGUAUCGUGUACGUAGAGGUAUUAUAUAACCGUUCAACGGCGUAGAAUUCGCGAACCACUGAUACUAUAAUUUGCACGACGAUUUCAUUCGUGAACGUCUUCGAAACCGACGUGAUUGUAUGUUUUCUUGUAACGCCUCCUACAUGUUACGGGAAAUGAUACGCAGAAUACACAUCGGACAGCCAUUAAAAACUGCUAUCC